CCUGUAAAAAAUCAGAUUAAGGAGUAUCAAAUCAAGAUGGUUGCAAACGCCGAAAGAGAUAACGGAGUUUGUGUGCCUAGGAAAACAACUUGAACUUGCAUUAAUAGUUUGAAGCACAAACAAAAGCUGACAUGGCAAGUGACAGUGAGACUGACGAGUUUUAUGAUGCAUCUGAAGAACUCUCCCCGUUAAAGGAAGCCCAUAAGAAAGAAAAAAAUGUCUCUUCAGAGGUUCAGAAAGAGACUAUCGAUGUUCCCAAACAGCCUCCAUCUUCUAAAGGAAGCGGAGACAUGGUGGCUAAGGAUACGAACCUCUCUUUAGUGUCAGCCCCUGCACAGGAUCCUGUAAAAGAUCCAUCUGAUGCAUCCCCGCCAAAAGCAGAGCCAUUGAAAACUGAGAAUGGAGAAGCUGCCAAAGGAAGCCCCGUACCCGUGGCACCACCAAGAAAGAAAAGACAGCAGAAGAAAGAAGCUCUUGCCAAAUCACAGGAUCAAACAGCGCCCCCAAAGCCCCCACCACCACGCCCCAAAAGCCAACCGAAACUGAUAAAAGAACCGGCUUCAAAGCCCGAGCCAACCGAAUCGCAGAGCCCAACGACCGCCAAUCAUCCGUGCAUUACUGUGAAUUCAGAUGCAAAAGACAUGAAUGAGGUGUUGAUUAAGGGCAGUGCUUCUGACAUAGUGAAAAACCAGGACCUGGAUGAAUUUAAGAGUCCAGCGGGAAGCAAAACGAGUCUGGAAAAGAGUAAUGAUGGCUCAACGACACCCCUGCGAGCUUCUUUGGGAAAUCUGAAAAUACCAGGAGCUGCGAAGCUGCAGGAAGAGAUAGUUAGAAGUACGUCAUCAUCGGGACGACCAUUGUCAGAUAUUGAAAUUUUAGAACAAGUCAUUGUGAAAAAUCUGGAUACGGGAGAAACCGUCCCGCUGAGUCUUGCGGAAGACAAGCUCCCAAAAUGUGUCAACCCGAUGUCAUUGCAGAUCAUGAGACUCACCUCAGAAUAUGAAGGUGAUACGGCCUCAAUUGCUGCAUCCGAAGAUGGAAAUCUUUCAGACACAUCUAUUGCACCGAGUGUUAAAACAGAGCGCAAAGGGAAAAAGUUAAAACAACUUUGGGGUAAAACUGUGGAAAAAAUAAAAUCUGUAGCAGAUGAAGUCAAAGCCUUGAGAGACGAAAGCUCGUCAAGCGACGAAGAUGAAAACCAGGAUAGUCAUUACAUAAAAAGAAAAACGCAUAAAGCUAUACGAGAUAAACGGGCAUUUGAAAAGAUCCACCUACUGCAAGAUCUAAGUGGCGAGCAAGUGGGGCCAAUAUGGGUUCUGAAAUUUUCAUUAUGUGGUAGACUUUUGGCAGCUGCUGGCCAAGACAAUAUAGUGAGAGUUUGGGUUUUGAAAGAAGCACAAUCGUUCUUCGACGAGAUGCGGGCAAAAUAUGCUAAAACAGAGCGAGGAUCACCAACAAGUUCAAUCGCCUCUAUUAAUUCAAUUACGUCAUUUGAAGAUGAUAACACGUUAGAGGAAGAUGCACUGAGUAAAGAUGAAGAUUUUGAUGACACUGGGCCUUUUAGAAAAGCUCCAUUUUGCACAUACCACGGACAUACAUCGGACGUUCUCGAUUUAUCUUGGUCAAAGAACUAUUUCAUUCUCUCGUCAUCAAUGGACAAAACUGUACGGCUUUGGCACAUUUCUCGGCAUGAGUGUCUCUGCUGCUUUCAACACGUAGAUUUUGUAACUGCUAUUUGCUUUCAUCCAAGAGAUGACCGGUAUUUUCUAUCCGGUUCCUUAGACGGGAAAAUCCGACUCUGGAACAUACCAGAAAAGAGAGUUGCAUUAUGGAAUGAAAUCGAUGGUUCAGGUACUAGUUUGAUAACCGCUGCAAAUUUUUGUCAGAACGGGAAAUUAGCAGUAGUUGGAACUUACGAUGGCCGUUGUAUAUUUUAUGACACUGAGAGGCUGAAAUACCACACACAGGUAACAGUUAGAUCAACUCGUGGCAAAAACGCCAGGGGAAGAAAAAUAAGCGGAAUUGAGCCGAUGCCGGGCGAGGACAAGGUUUUGGUAACUUCAAACGAUUCUCGCGUCAGAAUCUACGACCUGAAGGAUCAUUCACUCUUUUGUAAAUACAGAGGGGCAAGCAAUAUGAGUAGCCAGAUUAAAGCAAGUUUUAGCCCUGAUGGCCGAUAUGUUAUAUGUGGAUCAGAAGAUCAAUUCGUUUAUAUCUGGAGGACUUACCACGAUGUCCAAAAUGUCCGCAAGGAUAGGAAUGAAUAUUAUGAAAGUUUUUCAGCACACGAUGCUGUCGUCACUGCUGCAGUUUUCGCGCCGAUACCUUCAUUGAUAGCCUCUAUUUCGGAUACCGAGACGAGGGAUGAAGAAUGUGAAAAAGACUUAACUGACGCAGCAACUGCGGAGACCUUCCAAGAGAACUUUCAUGUAAUUGCAUCUGCAGACUGGUCAGGUUGUAUUAAAUUAUUUGUAAACAGAUAGCAUGCUUGUAAGAUUUACGAAAUGAAUUUCGUUACUGGUAGAGCAGAAAAAUAUUUAGCUAGCUAUAAUGAUAGAAUUUUAUAUAGAAGAUUUGGUGUAACUAGACAAUACUUCCAACAGAACUCGAGAAGUACAGAGGGGUAUAACGAUUUUCUUUAGGUCGCUGUGCAAUUAAUUGCAAUGAAAUUGCCUCUAUGAUAGUAAAAAUCUGACUGGGUUUUGACUUCAACAGAUGAAGUGACGAGAUCUAAAUUUCAAGAAGCAGCAUUUUUGAAUUACCUACUCGGAUAACAAAACUGCAAUUAAGAAAUGGAUUAUAGAUCUCACAUCAGAAGUUUACUCUUGAAAAUUACACCUUACGUCAGCUCGAACUAAGUUGUAAUAGAAAUGCCUUUUUGUAAAUGAUAUUUCUUCAAAGUCUUAGUUUUGUAAGACAUAACGACCUUUUCUGUUGGUUUUAAAGUGUUAGGCAUUAUGUCGUUAUGGGCAAGCCAUUAUUUCAUUUUUUGGGUGUUGGAGAGUCCUAUCAAAGCAGUAGGCUAAAAGUCUAAAGUAACAAGAACUAGAAACAUGGCGAACUAUUAUCUAUUCAGUUUCUCAGUUACAAAAGUAUUUUGGAAUCAAGAAAUAGGAUAUUGGUAGUGGCGAUUUAGGAUUUUCUCAGAUUUUCUAUCAACAAAUUUUGGCAGCGAUUCUCCUUCCUUGUCAGUAUCCUUUCCCCUUUCUGUAGAUUGCUUAACUUUACUAAGUUCCUCGGUUCUCUUUUUUCAAUGAUGUUUAGUUUUGCUUUAUGAAUAAAGCUGUUAGUUUGAUCGCAAAAAAUGUAAUAAUGCGCAAAAUGACAACAUUUUUGCAAAACAAGUAAUAGCUGGUCUCCUAUUCUGUGAGCAAAUUUUUGAGAAAAUUAAACAAGGUGAGACAACCAAAAGCAUAACUCCCGCAAGAUGUCAACUAAACAAUAUGUUUCUCUUGUGUGUCACACUUUCGCCACUUAAUUAGAAAGAUCCUAAGGUUUGGCUUUUGUAUUUUUGUCAUUUUCUUACUUUUUUAUAUUUAAUCACGUGGUGUUGUUUUUCAUUACCAGCUACACCCUUUCUUAGAAUGCUUUUCUCAGAAUCAAAUAAUUUGUUUUAGUUAUCAAAUCUGGCAAGUAAUACUAGGCUUCAUUGGGACAAGACACUAAUUUGCAAUCGUGUUACUGCUAGGUGAGCACAGCUAGCAAUCGCAGGCGAUUAUGCUGCUUAAUAAAAUUGUUGACUACAUGCAGGAUGGAAGUACCUUUUCUUGUAGUUCUUUUUUCAAGAAAUGAAUAACCUUUAUAUGAAAUAUGAAAUAGCCUUUGUUUACUGGCAAUUAGAUUGACAUAAAACUCUGGCUUGCUAAAAGUGAGCAUCUACAUAAUACCCAAUCGAUACCAAUAAAUUAAUAAAGAACUUGCAUAUUAGUGUUAUGUCCUGUCCUACUGCAGGUUUAAUCAGGUGGCUUUUUAUUUUGUAGUACCUUAAGCGCUCGAAGUUAAUAUAUGUGAGUGUCGAUGUAAUAUUGUACUUGAUGAUUGUGUGGUGUCGAUAUUGUUAUUUUAAAGGGUAUAGCAAGGUCAUUCUAAUUAUAAACUCCCGUCAGUA